AUGGCCACACAUUCGAGUCCGCUGGAAUCACAUCCACGAUUUAAAAAUCCGUGGAAGGAGCCAUCCAUCAAAUCUUCACAGCAGACAGGAGACGCCCCCGACGGACGGAUUGCGCAUACAUUGACAGCGUGUACCAGGUGCCGACAGCGAAAAUCUAGGUGCGAUCCAGGUAUUCCGAGAUGUUCCCCAUGCGAACGCAGUAACGCCAAGUGCGUAUACUACGAUUCCGCCCGCAAGUGCACCAUACCGAGAACAUACAUUAUCUCCCUGCGCGAAAAAGCUCGCAUGUUAGAGAAAGAAUUGGCCGAUCUGGAGAAAGAUAUUCAGCAUGCUGCAGAUGCCGAGCUCAUGGUCCGAGGGGCAGGACGCAUUCGAUUCAAAGAGAAUGACGAGUCGAGGUACCUUGGGCCGUCCAGCGGUAUCGCAAUUACUCGUUUGGUCAUGGAGAUGGCCAAGCAGAACACAGACUCAAAAAGCAUCAAAGAUGUUGUUCCUGAGUUCACAGCCCAGGAGAUCAAAGCAGCAUUUGCGCUAGAAAGCUCUAAACCGACAUCGAAAGUCUACCCCAUGAUCAGCUCAAUUCCUCAACCUAAUCUACCCCCGCGUAAUCUAACUUAUCGAUUGAUUGAUGUAUUUGUAGUCAAGGGUGAGUUCUGCCUCUCUAAACCGACGAUUCCUGGUGCAUCUCGUUUGACCAUAUCUGCAGCGCAAGCCAUGCUACCGACACUGCACGAGCCUUCUUUUCGCCAGGAGGUUGAACAGGUCUUCAAUGGCUCUGAUGACCCUUGCCUCAAUUUCCAACUCCGUAUGGUCAUUGCCAUCAGCAUGCAAAAAAUGAGCACCGAGUAUGCAGGGCUGGCUGACAGUUACUACUUGGCGGCACUACCAUACUUAGAGGCCUCCCUUAGACGAAUGGAUCUCAGGGCUUUGCAAUGCCUCGUCCUCAUAGCCCAAUAUUCUCUACUGACACCCACAAGAACGGCUGCGUACUGGGUUGUGGGGAUGGCGGUCAAACUCUGUCAAGACCUCGGUCUGACUGAAGAAGCUACAGUUACCAAGUCGCCGGAUGGGCGGCCAUUGAACCCGUUGGAGGUUGACAUGCGAAGACGGUUAUUCUGGAUUGUCACCUCGAUGGAACUUGGCCUCGCGCAUAGCCUUGGUCGGCCAAGUUGCUAUUCGAUCCCCCAUGAUUACAUCAACGUCAAAUUCUUCGAACUUGUGGACGAUCGAUACAUCACAGCCGAUGGAGUUCUUCCCGGAGGCACACCAAUCUUAGCCAAGUGCAUAGCCAUCCAUUUUUUCAAAAUGAGAUUGCUACAGUUAGAGAUACGGCGAACUCUGUAUUUGAACAAGCGUGACACCCCUGCGAAUGAUCAAGACCCGUGGUUUUCGCAAAUGCUAGCUAAACUCGACCACUGGGUGGCUUCUUGUCCUAAACACGAUGGCGGUAGCGGAUUAAGCGAAAAAUGGUUUCAAGGCAGACGGAAUACGAUGAUCGUCUUCAUGUUUCGACCAUCCCCUCAAGUCCCAGAACCCUCCGUUGAUGCUGCACGAAAAUGCUAUGAAGCGUCGGUGUUCAAUGUUGCAAUGCAACGAGAGCAAAUCGCAACUGGGUCGGUUGAUCUGACCUGGAUUUUCACACAAUCACUCUUCAUGGCGCUCAAUACCAUUCUCUGGUCCCUAUCGUACCCCGAUAUCCGAAGGGAGCAUCCCAUAGAGGAGGUCAGGGCUCAUCUCAACGUCGCUUUGGAAGCGAUGAUGCUUGCUGCAGAGAGGUGGCCUGGGGUUGAGUCCGCUUUGCUGCUGUACAAAAAUCUUGUGACUGCAUGCCUCAAGGCUUAUAAUACUGAGGAAUCGUUUGUCGUUCAUUCGCCGUCCAACCAUGCAACACCGUCAUCCACACAGGACGUGGUGACUCCGCCUUCCAUUUCCAGUCCUUCUAGUACAACAACUUCAUUGAGAGCUGGGAAUCAUUCUGUUCAUGAUACUGUUUCAGUCGGUACCGUCUCAAGAGGACACUCCGCGGACCCGACUUUCCCAUACUCACAAGCAUCUCCAGCGGCAGCCGUGAGAGCCGAGUCACAAAAGCCUUCAUCCUACUCACAUUGGGAGACCGAACUCCCUCCGUUGCAAACGUCAGACUCGAAUUCUACGCAGGCCUCAUACACACCUCAGGGGUAUACCGAAUCAUCCACCGUAUUCUCUGACGUCACUUUCAAUCCUACAACACCAUUCAAUCCUUUUCCUUCAGUAGUUCCGGGGUUGCCGGGUUGGGAUCCUAAUUACACUGUUGCCUCAACAACAGCGAGCCAUUUAACCUACGUUGAUGCUGCUGUUGACCCAAUGCGCUGGAUGGACACGAUCGAUGAUCAAUAUUCUCAGUAUUUCAAUGGGGCUUUUCCCAUUCCACCCUGGCGAGGACGAACGCUCAGUCAGCAAGAGCAGAUUGAGCUUAUGGCAUCCUUGGAGGAAAAUAUCCCCGACGUCUCUGCACAACUUGUGAGAGAGUCGGCCACAUUCUAUCAGUCGUGA